AUGACAAAUAGGUAUUGCUUUGAAGCACUUAAUAGAUCUUUGAGGGACAUUUUGUCUGAUGAAGAUCUGUCAAAUGCUGAUAGAAUAUUUGGAGGCAUAACUGUUGCACUAGGAACAGGAGUAAUAGAAGAUGAAAGUUUUAUAGAAAUUCCUGAAGAUUUGAAACUUUCUCAACAUAGCAAUCCAAAAGAAAGAAUUGUGAAUGUUGCUCUAUCGAAUCUAUCUGCUGAGAUAGGCAAUGUUGAUUAUAUAAAAGAGAGGGCAAUAUUGAUAGCCAGAAAUGAUACAGCACAUGAAUUGAAUGACUACAUUAUUCAAAAAUUGCAAUCAGAAACAAAGACCUAUCACAGUUCAAACAGCACUUGCAAAGCAGGAGGGACUUCAACUGAUGAUGAUAUUCUACAUCCAAUAGAGUUCUUUAACUCUUUGAUGUGCUCUAGUAUGCCAAAACAUGAAUUGCAAUUAAAAACUAGAGUUCCAAUUAUGUUGCUACGAAAUCUGAAUCAAUUAGAUGCUCAAUGGGACUAG